GGAACUGCAGGAUCAAUGCGACAGCAUGAAUCACAGUUUGAAUGGCUUGGACUACCUCAUCCGAAUGGGAAAGAUGGGAUCCAGAACAACACGUUAUUUGUCCGUACGAUGCCUCACAUCGCAUAACAGCAGCAAGAUUUCAAAGACAUCUUGUAAAAUGUCGUAAAAAUUACCCGAAUAAAGACUUUGUAAGUUGUCCAUUUAAUGCCACACAUCAAAUUCUAAGGCCUCAUCUCAGAAGUCACAUUUGCCAAUGUCCUGAUAAGAAUGUUGUUGAAGCAUCAAUGAGCGAAUGUUACAAAGAUGUGGAGACACUGGAUAAACUAAAAGGAAAUACAUCAGUUCCUCCAUACAAUAACCCAGGCUUGAAUGAUGUUGGCGAUGAAGAUUGGGAUAGAGAAAUAGCUGAAGAUCAACAAAUCUUUUAUGAGGUAGCAUCAGGUGUUCAGAACAGCUGGGGAUCAAAUAAACCGACACAAUUUGAACAAAGAAGCUUAAUGGGUCUUAAUCGGCAAGCAUUAAAGAGACAAGUUAAGCAAAAAGCACUGGAGGAACAGGGCAACCAGAGGUGGACAUGAUACUGGAAGGUUUUUUACCCAUGUUUGUUCACAGCAGCUUAUUGUUGGGCCUUGGUGAUUAAAGUUAAAAUUACGUUUCAAUGGUUUUAUUACUGUACGUGCUGAAGAGAAUGAAUGAACCAGGUGAGAAGGAGAUUAUGAAACUGACUUGCAGCAAUUAAAGCAAAAAUAUAUCUCCCUUGGCCUUGGCUUUGACUAAAAGUAGAUGAAAAUACAUUGGGAGUUUUGCACAUUGAAGGUGUUUUAUGUGUUAGGUGUUAGACUGGGUUUUAUUUUUAGUUCAUUUUAUUGCAUGUUAUGUUGUGUAAAUACGUGUUUAUUUGACAACUGAUUGUAAUAUUGCCAAUAUUGGUUAUUUUAAAAAGCUAAUAAAUUGCGCAAAGACCAUAUGCAAAGCACAAUGUCAAUAA